CUUUAUUGAAAGACCCCGACGGAGGCGCUCAACUGGAUUGAUACCUCAAAGAUGGCGGCCAAUCAAGACAAGGUGCUGGUCACUGGCGGGCAGGGCUUUCUUGGAGCUUGGAUCGUCAAGCAGCUCAUCGAGGCUGGGGCUCAUCCCAUCAUCUUUGACCUGCGGCAAAGCGAUGACAUUCUUCGCCAGGUGCUGAGCGAGGAACAGUUUGCUGGCCUCGAGCGCCACUAUGGUGACAUUGCCGAUCCGGAGCAGUUCAAGACCCUAGUUCUGGCCAGCAAGCCGUCUGCCAUCAUUCACCUGGCAGGCCUACAGAUCCCCACCUGCAAGGUCAACCCGGUUUUGGGAGCGCAAGUCAAUGUCAUCGGUACCCUCAAUGUCUUUGAGGCUGUCCGCCUCCUCGCUGCCGAAACUGGCCAGUCCCCAAUCCGUAUCGCCUACGCCUCGUCUGCCGCCGUCCUGGGCCCCAAGGCUGACUACACCAACCCACCCGUGCCAGACGACUUCUACCACAAACCUGCCACCAUCUACGGCGUCUUCAAGCUUGCCAACGAGGGCUCCGCUCGCCUCUAUUGGCAAGACCACAAAAUCCCCAGCGUCGGCCUGCGGCCUCUGACUUGCUUCGGCGUGGGCCGUGAAAUCGGCCUCACCUCGGCACCAACCAAAGCCAUCAAGGCCACCAUCGUGGGUCAGCCCUAUGUGUGCAGCGUCACUGGCACGACCGGCUUUAGCUAUGUCAAGGACGUCGCACGAGCGUUUAUUGGUGCGGCCUUCUCUACCUCCGACGGUGCCCCCGUGUUUAACAUCCGAGGCGAAGUCACGUCAGCCGAAGAAUUCAUCGACUACGUUCGCCAAAUCCUUCCAGCCGCUGAAAAGCUCAUUACAAUCGAUGGCCGUGAAGUCCCCAUCAUGGCUGACGUCGACGAAACGGGCUUGCAGACCAUGCUGGCCAGCGUCCCUGCCCCUUAUGGUCUCACCGGAGCCUUCCCGACUCCUCUCCCCGAUGCCAUUCGCGAAACGGCGGAGCACUUUCAGCGCUUGCAGGCUGAGAACCGUCUCCACGUGCGCGACUUGGAGUAAACCGCCCUUGGCAACACCCCCUUGGACCCACGCCUGUCUAGCCAAUUGACACCUCUAGCCUUC